CCGUAGUAUUUUUAGUUUGAAACGAGCUUAAUUCAUCUCCAUUCUCUUACAAUUAUUUAAGCGUAAACGCUUAUAGUGCGUAACUGCGCUUUGAACGGUGAAAUAAAUGUUUGCAUUAUGCUAAUGGGGUACAUAACUAAAAUAUUUGAAAUAUGAAUAUGGGGCAUAAAACCUGAGGGUAGUAUAUAUUACGUUUAAAGUAGAUGAAAACUUUAUCAUAACACAAGGAAAUCAGUGAUGCUACAUCCAUGUCCAUUUAUUUGGUGUAAGACAGGUACUAGUAUUUGACGAUUAAAAUAUGGCAUCAAGUCCUCCUCUUCCUACAACAGAUGAAGAGGAAGAGGACAAUGGUUUUGGAAAAAGCAACUUCCAAAGGGCAUACAUGAAAGGAGGAAUAACAACGUCUCCAAGAGGCACUUCUAAGGAGAAAGAUGGGUUUUUUAACCGCUUGAGUGGAAAGGCUUUAGAUUAUCAGAAAAAGAAAAAUGCUCAACUUGAAGAACAAGUCAGUACUUUGAAAACAGAAUUACAAAAUGAAAUGCAGAAACGACUGGACCAACAAAGGAACCUUCAUGCCAUCAUGUCUGAUUGUAAUAAUAUUCAACUUGGAAACGGAAAUAUGAUGACAAUUCUUCAAUACGACUCGGACAAUGAAGAUCCUAUUCCAUUGUUGAAACAACUGAUGAAGAUAACAAUGGAAGCGAAUGCUGAAAUCCUACAUAAGCUUACGGUAUCCGAAAACAAGCUGGCGAAAAACAGUAAAUAUCUGCAAAAGAUUCAUUCGGUCGUACUACAGUUAAGAGAAAGCGGAUUAUCUGGCUCCGAAUAUCAAAUGAUGGAACAACUUAAAGACAUGGUUGAAAUAUCAACAACAAACGAUGAGUUUUAUACAAUCGAGAAAGCCAUUGAGGGCCUGAAAGCAGAUGAAGAAAAGAAAAGUUUUAAAGAUCUCAACGCUGAUGCCAAACGAGGCAUAAGAAUCAUUGUAUAUAAGUUUGGAUCAAUGACCCGACAAGCAUUUGCAAAUGGACUAGGGCUACGGUUAGGAAAGCAGUGCAGGGUUGAGGAAGAGUUAGUUGAUGAACAUUCUUGUACAACGAUUAUUAUACAUUGGUUAAAAAUACACGGAAACAACAUUCCUAAAUUGAUAGGAAUCUUAAAAGGCAUUGAAAAUCAAUUCAUUCAAGAUUCCAUGCAGGACCUUAAAGAGCAGACAUUCGCAAAAUGCCUUGACACACCAGAGAAAGAUUCUGAGGUUGGCACCCCAAUUUCGCUUCGAAGAAAACGUCGAAUUGGUGACUCCGUACUAUCACUUAAAUCUAACAGGAGUGAUGUCAGUGAGACUUUGGAAUUGAUAGAGAAACAUGCCAGUGAAACGCUCCAGAAAACGGCAGAUUUUCCUCACAUCAAACCGGACAUAGAGGCACUGCUAUGUGCUAUGUACACGCUUCAAAUGGAUAACUCCAGAACACUACACUACAUGCCAUUGGCGAAAGAAUUGGUGCGUCUGGCAACAAAGUAAACGUUCUAGUCUCCGAUGAGAAAACGUCCGAGAGUUACAGAAAUAGUAGUGCGACCGAACAUGGAAAAAACAGUGAAGAUUGCAAGAGUGAGAAAUAUGUGUGACUCUUGACAAUCAUGAAUACUUUAAUAUAAAUUUAUUUAGGAUGAAUUACCAGCUGAGCAGAGCAAUAAAAACGCGUAUAUUUGUUUAGAUCUUGUACAUAACAUUUCAAUGCUAUCAUUCCAAUGGGUUUUGUUUUGAUUUGCUCAAGUGAAAGCUUAUUCUAAACGAUCAGUAUAUGUGUGUAGGAUAUUUAUGUUUGGUACAGAUAGUGGUUUAAUUUACGGUCAUUUAAUACUUUUUUACCGGCUAUAUUCAUUUUAUGUCCCUGUAUUUUAUGUCAUUUAUUAUGUACAUGCAUGUUUAUUCAUUAACAAUUUUAACAUUGCUAUAUCGUUAAACUGUAAAGUUAGUCUAAAAACAAUGACACCAAAUGAAACAGUAAAUAUAAAAAGGGACCUAAUAAAAGAAUCAGUUGUAUAGGUCACUAUUUUUCUUUUGUACUCAUAGACCUGUAAAUGGCCAGUAUAUUUCCUUUUAUCUGUUAUAUUCCAAAACGUGUUUGUAGAUAUAUUAUUAAUGUAUGCGUAUUGUUAACUUGCUUGUCUUCAAAUACGCUAUUUCAUUCCUUGUUUAUUAAUGUGUCAAAUAUUAAAAUAUGUUAAAACUUCA